CAUAUUAUUACUAUAAAUGAUAAUGAAUAAAAAGUAUUGUUAAAAUCAGUAACUAUUUAUUAAAAUAUAUCAAUUUAUGUAAUUUUUUCUACGUUUUAUACAUUUUAGAUGAAAAAUAAAUAAAUAAUGUUAGUAUUAAUAUAUGAAAUAUACUGCUUAUAUAAAUGUGAGUAUCAUUUAUAUACGAUAAAUUUUAAUUAAUUAAUAAAUCCACGCACAGAGAGAACAAUUCAGACACAAAAUUUCCAGCUGAAAAGAAGAGCUGUCACCAAUGUCCGUCUGGUAGGGGAAGGUGCACAUUGUGCGUGAGAGAUGGGCGUGAAGGAGGAGCUACGUGCAGGCUUUCUCUCUGCUACCGCGUAUAUUUUCCUUAAAAAGCUAACCAACUUUACUGUAGCAGAAAUUGGAAAAAUCUGGGAGGCUGAUAAUGAAUUAAGAAAGCUAGAAAGAGCUGUUGCAAGAAUCACAGGUAUGAUUGAGCGUGUGGAGGCUGACCGUUGUUUCUCUAGCGAGAACAGUAAAAAGGCAUGGCAACUCUGGCUUGAAGAUCUCAACAAAUUUUCUUAUGUUUCUAGUGAUCUCCUAGAGAAGGCGUCGACUCUACUAGAUGAUAAUACAAAGUCUAAACUUGCAGCAGACACUUCUUCAUCUCUGGGACCGACAACAUUUACAAAACAACCUUCUUUACGCAGUGAAGUCUUGUCAUCUGGCAAACUAGAUAUGCCUCAUGAUAUUGUUAAGUUGAGGGAGAUGUUAGAGGCUCUAGCUGGAGAAAUGGACACUCUUUUAAAAUUUGAAGCACUCAAAUCUGGGAAGACCACAAAAGUAGUGACAUACUCCGGUAGCACUUCACUCGUGGAUGAAUCCUUAGUUGUUGGAAGAAACAUUGAAAAGGCACAUAUUGUGGCAAAGUUAGUACCUGCUGCUGACCGCAGCCUAUCCUCAAUUUCCAUUAUUGGUAUGGGAGGAUUAGGCAAAACAACAGUUGCCCAGCUGGUAUAUAAUGAGUAUAUAACACCCUUCUCCGAUGACUAUUUUUGUGGAAAUUAAGGCUGUGAGAAUUCAUUGCUUCAGAAAUAUAUAGUAGCUGCAGAGUAUGGUAUACUGAGGGGUUUGGACAGGACAUAUGAUAUUUUGGUUAGGUGUGUGGUAUACUGAGGGGUUUGGACAGGACAUAUGAUAUUUGGGUUAGGUGUGUUCAAACCCUGCCAAGGAGAAAGCUUGGCACACUUGACUAGAGUUUCUAACCUGGAGUUGGGGCUCUUGGAUUUCUACUAUACAGAAAAUUGUUGUUGUGCAUGCAUUGCACAGCACAGAUGAAACAUGUGGUGGCUUAUGUUUUGUUAUCAAACUUGUUUUAACAGUAAAUGAACAAUAUAUCAUUUUCAAAGUUUGCAUCUUGCCUCGGGAAAACAACGGCUGAUAGGAACACUACUUGUUUUUUUAUAAUUUGCAUCUUAAUUGCUGUCUUUUACAGAAUGUGGCAGGACGUUGAGCAAUCUCGUGAAUCAGAGAAUGUGUUUGUUUCAUCUUUGUGGUUGGAACAGAAGGGAGAUGUGUUGCUAGCGUACUCAAGGCAUUCUUUCAUACUUGAUAUGGUCUAUCUUUCAAUUCGAAAUAUGUUCAUCAUUGUGAGACAACCAAAAACAUAUUUAUUUUGCACGAUACUUGUUAAUUUGUGGAGUGUUUUAUCAAGUAAUUUAGUUUAAGGAUCACAAAUGUAAAGGAUUCUUGUUGAAACCCACGGGAGGAUGAUUUGAUUGGUCUUAUAACAUUUUCAAAAUUACUUGCAAAGUGUUUAAAAAAAAUUCUCAUUUCUAAAGAGUAUAUUACAAUAUUAUUUCCCCCCUCAUAUAUUCUAAAUAAGGUAAUUAAAUGCAAUAAUUAUUUUUACGCAUUAGUUUCAAAAAAAUUUUGGAGUCUCUUAUAUAAAUUCUUCAUUGACCAAGUCAAUUAAAUUUUUAA